AGCGCUCGUGACGUCAUCCUGCCGGAGCGGCUGCUGGGCACGGGCGGAAAAUGGGCACAGAUCUGCGAGGACAAAAGGUUUGGACUCUGAGGAAAACAGAUUAAGUGCCAGAAAUAGACCUAACUGCAGUCAAGACCUUAUUGAAGAUCUAAAUCAAGAACUUGUGACUCAGAAGGAGCAUGUGUGGUGAUCCCCUGUACCUUGCUCAGCCCGUAGCAAACCUAGCGCGUCUGAGAUGAGUGGUCCUCUUUGGUCCCCGGCCGCUGUCCCUGCCUGCUCUUGGCAGCGCUUGGUGGCUUGAGCAGAUUGCUCCAUCCUGGCAUCCACGGGAGCGUGGAAUGGCCUCUUUGGACCUGCCGUACCGUUGUCCUCGCUGUGGGGAACACAAGCGCUUUCGAAGUCUGUCCUCUCUGCGCGCCCAUCUGGAGUACAACCACACCUACGAGACCCUGUAUGUGCUGUCAAAGUCCAACAGCGUAUGCGAUGCCGCUGCACUGCUCCCCCUAGUGGCAGACGGAGCCCUCACUGCCGAAUCCCGUUUUCCAUACCGCGAACUGCCCUGUCCCGGUGAAGAGCUCAGGCUUGCGCCUUCGUCUACUGCAUGCUACCUGCCCAAUGUGGAGUUUCCUUUGGGCGAGAUCCUGGUGAAGACAGCCAUGAGCUCUGGCGACGCCUUGUCCUCCACAGGGAACAACGCUGUGGCGGUGGCCGCUAAUGUGGCUGCUAGUGCGGUGGAGGCAGCUUAUGAAGAGGGUCUGGCUCGGUUGAAAGCGCGAGCGUUUGAGAGGCUCGAGCUAGACGAAAGGCUCGAGAAGUUGUCGGAGGAGGUGGAGCAGAAGAUCGCAGCGCGUGUUGGCCGUCUGCAGGCGGAGCUGGAGAGGAAAAGCUUGGAGCUGGAAAAGGCAACGCUGGAGAGUGAGAGACUCAGUCAGGAGAAGCAAGACCUGGAGGACAAGGCCACAGAGCUUUCGCGGCAAGUUGACGUGUCUGUGGAGAUGCUGGCCAGCCUUAAGCAGGAUCUUGUUAACAAGGAGCAGGAGCUCUCACACAAACAACAAGAGGUGGCCCAUAUCGACCAGUUCCUGCAGGAAACAGCUGCACGUGAAGCCAAUGCUAAAGUGCGUCUUCAGCAGUUCAUCGAGGAGCUGUUGGACCGGGCUGACCGUGCUGAGAAACAGCUCCAGAUCAUCAGCAGCUGUGCCACCACCCCCAACGGCAGCCUGGGACACUGCAGUCUCCAGGGAUCCAAACACAAUGGACAACAGAGAAAUUCCAGUAUCUCUGGGGCAUCGAGGGGCAUGUACCAAGUGUCCGAUCGACGUUCCUCCCCAAGCACUGCCGUAUCAAGACGAGGGAAGACUGUGUCCCAGGGUUCAGGAGGUUAUGACAGUGACAGUGUGGACCUCCAUGCUCUGGAGGACUGCCCUGAUGCUCAAUACUACCACGUCCAGUGCCGGCUAGGAGAAGGAGGUGGAGGGUAUGAAAGGGUUGCUUCUCGCAGCUGGGGUCUCCGUAAACAGGCCAUCCAGAACUGGCAGCGCCGGCCGUACCGGAAUAGCACAGAGGGAGAGGAGGGCGACGUGUCUGACGUAGGAUCCCGCACCACCGAGUCCGAGGCCGAGAUGUGGGAGCAAGACAGGAGAGAAAGCCAGCACGGGGGGAACCGUGGAGGAUACAGGCUAGCUACAGGGGUAUACAAGCCAUGUCGCCACGAGAAAAGCCCCUCUAAAAUGAACGAGGUGAUCAGUCCUGAGGUGCUGAAGAUACGUGCCGCUCUCUUCUGCAUCUUUACCUACCUGGAUAUGAAGACACUCCUGCGGGCAGCUGAGGUUUGCCGAGAUUGGAAGUUUGUGGCUCGUCACCCGGCAGUGUGGACCAGAGUCCUCCUGGAGAACGCUCGCAUCUCCUCAAAGUUCUUGUGCACUCUGUCUCAGUGGUGCACACAGACGCAUUCCCUCAUCCUCCAGAACCUCAAACCCCGGCAGAGGGGCAAAAAAGAGACAAAGGAGGAGUAUCUGAAGAGCACACGUGGGUGUCUCGAGGAGGGUCUGGAGGCCUUGUUGAAAGCUUCUGGCAGUAAUCUGCUCAUUCUGAAGGUGUCUCAUUGUCCGAAUCUAUUGACCGAUCGCUCUCUGUGGUUGGCCAGCUGUUAUUGCAGGGCACUACAGGCUGUCACAUACAGGAGCGCGACGGACCCUGUUGGACAGGAAGUUAUCUGGGCACUGGGAGCUGGUUGCAGAGACAUCAUCUCACUACAGGUGGCACCUUUACACCCAUGUCAGCAGCCAGCACGCUUCAGUAACCGGUGCCUGCAGACCAUUGGCAGAUGCUGGCCACACCUACGAGCGCUGGGUGUGGGCGGAGCCGGCUGUGGCUUACAGGGAUUGGCUUCUUUGGCGAGGAACUGCAUGAGGCUGCAGGUGCUAGAGUUGGACCACGUCAGUGAGAUCAAUCAGGAAGUGUCUGCUGAGAUGUGCCGAGAGGGACUGAAGGGUCUGGAGAUGCUGGUGCUCACCUCCACUCCUGUUACUCCCAAAGCCCUGCUUCACUUUAAUAGUGUGUGUCGUAACCUGAAAUCCAUAGUAGUCCAGAUCGGUAUAGAAGAUUACUUUGAAGACCCUAACAGUCCCGAGGCCAGAAAACUCUUUGAUGAAAUGGUGAACAAGCUGCAGGCACUCAAAAAAAGACCUGGUUUCUCCAAAAUCCUCCAUGUGAAGGCUGAUGGCUUGUGCUAGCUCUGCUGUGUUGUGGCCAGAGCCACAUAAAGGUUCACCGAUUAUUUCAACCUGAUCGAGUCAUUCCCUCCUUAAAUAAACGAGGAAGAAUCAUACACUUCCGCUUCAGUCAGACGCAACCAAAUAGAGGAGUAUGUAAAGAUAACACGUAACAAACUCUACAAGAAGGGAUAAUUACUCGGCAUGGCUGCCGUUCCAUCAGUCAUCCAGUUACAGACUCUGGAUUUUUCUCCUACUUGCCAAACGCACUAAACUUUUUAUAAGAUCUCAGAGAACAUGCCCUCUCUCUUCAGAGCACUGAUGUGCAGGAGGGAACGGCCUCACAGUCGAGAUUGACCUGAAUCAUAAAAUCAAUGUGAAAUCCUAACAGCACAAAUUUUUAAAUCCACAAGGGUAAGUUAGUAAUGUGGGAGUGUGUGUUUGUGUGAUCAGCUCGAUUGCUUCCCCGAUGUCCAGCAAAGAGGCGCAUUCGUUCAUUAGUUGUCACCUAAGAGCUUUACUCUUCGAACUGGAUGCGUCAGCCAGCCAUAUUACCAGGACAAGUAUCAACAUAACAAAAUCACCAGCUUCAGACGUGGCUUACAGAGAGGGAAGCCAUGUCUCCAUAGAAAUUACUAUUACUUGCAGCUAUCUUGUGUGUACGAAAGCUGUUCGUGUUCCAGUCCUUUAGCCGUAUUCCCAUGACCAGGGUUUGUUUCUCAUCAUUGGAUCUCUUGUUCCAGACAGAUUAGCAAUGCCUUCUCCAUGAUGUGCCAUCCAUAGCUCAGACCUUUUGUUUUCAAGGUUGAAUUUUGGUCAUUCCCAAUGUGCCAUUAGUCUUAAAGGUAUUAAGUCAUGCCCUACAAGGUGUGCACUUAUCUAAAAGGAAUUUAAGAGGGAAUAGUGAGGGAUAGAGACAAGCUCAUGGUUCUGUCAAUCCAAUGCACACCAACUGUUUCGCCUCAGAUGUCAACGUCUCCAUCUCUUCCAUCAGUUGCUGUUCAAACUUCUAUAAAACUCGGGCUAGUGCCACUCACUACAUCAGUUCUCCAUCUGCUCUGUUGAUUUCAGAUGGUAUUUUCCAUGUUCCAAAGGUAGACACCACUGAAUAAACACCUUGUACAAUCAAAUAGAAGGGAUGAGUAUAAAUAUAUAGAGUUUUUAUAUUAGGUUCUUAUCAGAACUUCACUUCUGAAAUGCGUGUGUUAAGAUUUUGGCUUUGGUUCCUUGUAUAGAACUUUACUUGCUGGAACUGGGAAAUAAGUUAACAAUAGCCAUAUCAGGCCAUGUUAGACUACAAAAUGAUUCUGCACAGCCGAGAUUGAAUUCAAUAUUUAUAGCCUCAUUUAGUCAAGGCCAGCAUUGUGAAAAUAACUUUUCCGUUUGUUUUCAAAAGGAAAAAGGUUAUUUAUGGUGUAUUGCCGGGGCAUUUUUGAGUAGAUCGUAUGAUAUGUCAGGUUUUGCUUUCAGUUGGAAUAUUACUCCAUUAUUAGAAUCAAGUUUACACUAAAACAAUGAAUGUUAAAGCACUUCAAUGUGUUUUAGCUGAAAGUCAGUCAUACAAAGAAACUACAAUAUACCAUUCUCAUCAAGUUUCUUUAAAAUAAUAAUAAUAAAAUAAAACAUACUAAUGCAAUAAUACUGAUGCAAGUACUGGUCCCGACUGCUCUCGGUGCUGUACCACUUACCCAUCAGGCAUUGCUGCUCCCCUUGGCCAGUCUCUGAGCUGAAAUCACACAGUCCAAACGCUCUACUCCAAGUGCUUUAGUCAAGGCGAGCACUUCUAUGGUGCAACAUUCUACUUCCUGUCUUAAAACACAAUAUGGGGCUUGAAUUAAGACGAGAGGAGUGUUCACAAAAUCUGCCUGAGUUUAUUUUAGGAUGGCUGUUCAAAAUGAGACAAUGUGGACCAGAAUGGAAACUGCAAAACCAUCUUCAAGAAAGAAAAACUGCAGAAGUGGGAUAGGGUAACCUACUCUACCCACAACGCCACACAGUGACGCUUCGAGUGUGUUGGCACUCGUCUGCCGAAAAACUGUAUGUAUAUGUUGUUUCUAUAGGAAGGAAUUACAAAUGGUGUAAAUAUUUCAAAUGUAACCUAAGGAAAGAGAUAACCUGCAGCGUUUCAAGGAUGUCCACCCACAAAUGGUUUCCGGUGUGGUGGCCACACUGACCAGAUGACUUUCAGAGUUCAAAGAUAUUGAAUUUGCAGUAUGCUGUGUAUUAUAGAUGCUUUAUAUUGAAUGUGUAUCAGAGUCCUAUAGAGAUGGAUAUAAUUUAAAAACAGAGUGCAAUUUAUUUCAACUAUUUAUUUCUAUAAAAAGAUGUCUAUGAUGAUGGCAUGUUUGUGCUAAAGCAUUAUAUAUACAUAUAUAUAUAUAUAUAUAUCAUGUUGCCUUUUCAAGUGUUCUGCUGUAGAUGUUAUUAGAUUAUUAGAUCUGAGUGCUCUGGAUUAUUGCUUGCUGCCUUUCAUUUUUAGACUGAGCAACCGUUGCACCAUUAUGAUGAAAAAAAUGAACUGCUAAUGUUUAGUAUUAAGCUGGUGAUGUUCUAUUUUUCUUUUUUAAUGUCGAGUCUUUUUAAAGAAUCUGACAUAUGUAAUGCACUUUUUUUAUCAGAGCACUUCCACUGCUCUGUGACGGUUGGUUUCAUAUAAUUAAUGUGCAAUUCCUCUUUUCCUAAGCUUUGCACCAGAAGACUAUCAGCUUUCCGUUCAUCAUGUGAUCAGUCCGUUCAAUAGUUUUAGUGACUUUUUAGGAAACCCUCUCAGUGUUCUUUUUAAUGCAUAGCAUUAACCUGCAAUAUAACAAUAAAUAGCAACAUUAAUAUUUUUUUAUUUGCUUUAAGCAAGUGGUGAAUGUGAUGACAUGCUGGGUGAUAGUGUGUGGACUGAGCACUUUGAAUAUGAAAUUUUAUUUGACUAAAAAUAGCGUAAAACGAUUCUGAACUAUACCAACCCAAACUUGCAUCUGGAUGGAUUUCGAUAAACAGACAGAUUUUGAGAUCGAUUGAAACGUGUCUCCAUGUCUACAGAAUGCCACUUUAACAGAAGACCUGCAGCACUCAGAAAGAUAAAUAUACUUCUGUUUUUUUUUUUUUUUUUUUUUUUUUUGUAAGCAUAACCAUUGUUUCUGUACCACUAACCAGAACUUCUUGAAUCGAUCAGUUAUAGUGGUGUUUGUUAUUGUUAGGUGCCAGAUGUUGUGACUAUUCAUGUGUAGCUGUAAUUGUAACCAUCAAAUCAAUGACCUCGUCAUUGGCAAGUAAGUCGAAAAGACAAACAGAUGAUUUAUUAAUAGUGGAAUAUUAUCAGCUUUUUGUUCUGUUAUGUUUAGUGGACUCGACAUGGUGUAAGAUAAAACAUAAUUUACAAUCUUAACAGCCAUAUUCAAACUCCCAUAGCCUUGGAAUGAUAAUAACCACGUAUAGUACAUCCUAAUGCCUUUCAUUUAUCUGUUUUAUUUUUUUUCUGCUAGUCUGUCCAUUAAUAUGGCAUUCAGUCCUUGAUGUCACGAUAUUGAGAUUUUACAUUUCCGAUGUUCAGCUUUGUGCUGUGCUGUUCUUUAGCCAUGAUACUUCUUGGCUUGUCAUUAGUCUACCUCUCGGCUCUCGUUUGAAUGAUUGUAUUUUAUGCCAUCUGUCUGAACUGCUUUCAUGCAUAACUUCAAACUUCUUCUGGCAACUUAAGUUGAAUUGUGCUGCUUUUUUUAUACCAACAGAUUGCAUUGACGUUAUUUAAUGAAUGCACAUUCUCUGCCGUUGCACAAGAAGGCAAUUCAUCACCCGAAGUUAGUUAAUAUUUAUUGGAAAAUGUUCAUGAUUAAACUCUUUUCUUGCUUGUGGGAACAAACUGCAGACCUUUUUUUCCCUGUAUUUUUCUGGCCUGCUUAUUAACAUUCCUUAUUGUCUGUUCGAUGGGUUAUCCCAGUUUGCGAAAAGUUGAAUAUAAAAGUGUGAUGGAAUUGUUUACAUUCCAGAAUCUCAUGCCAUUUUGUUCCAGGCAUAUUCUAUGAGUUAUAAUAAAAAUCUGAUACAUUCACUUA